CAUCUACAUAAAGUUUAUGUAACAAAUGACCAAAUUUUUAUCGAUUUUCAGAUCUACCUAAAUGGUCCAUACGGAACACCAUCCACAGAUUUUUCUGAGGCUGAACAUGCAGUGUUGAUAUCCAGCGGUAUUGGAGUAACGCCAUUUGCAUCAAUUCUGAAAACCAUUAUGUUAAGAUACCAACAUGCAUCCCAUUCCUGUCCGAAAUGUUCCUUCUCUUGGGUUGGAAAUGUACCAUAUACACUGAGGAAAUUACAAAAGGUUAGAAAUAUAGUUCAAAGUCCAUUGUGAAAUCAUGAAUAAUACAUGCACCCAAUUUACCAAUUAAAUUUCAAAGCCUGCACCACAUGCAUGUAUAUGUAGGCCCUUACAAAUGAAUAAUAUCAAUUAUUUAUAACAAGAACUAAUGAUUGCAAAACCGAGUCCAACAAACGAGUCUAACAUUGUUGAACCAACAAUGUUGGACGAUGUUCGACAUUGUGGGAUGAAAAUUUUUUAAAAACAAUUCAACAUCAGCCAACAUUACCCAACAUAUUGUGUUUAAACGUGGCCAAUAAUGUUGCACCCAGGGGGGCCGUCGGACGUCGGUCAGGCGAAUUCCAACAAUUAGAUGGACCAAUUUUGUGCCCCCCCCCCCUCCCAAUGAUAAUUUGCUUCCGACACUGAACGGCUUGAACGUUGUGUGCAGAUCUAUAUAUUGGGUGAAUUGAUUCUUAUUGCUAGUUGUUUGCAUCUGCAUGUUGUGAAAAAUUCAAACAGAUUAUGUGCAAUAUUUAACGUUAAAUUCCACCUAACCUUAUAUAUUUUUAAGCAUUGACAUAUGUUAAACCAACUGUUUUGUACGAUUUUAGGUGGAUUUCUUUUGGAUAAAUCGUGAUCAAUAUUCAUUUGAAUGGUUUCUAAGUUUGCUGAGAGAACUUGAAGUUCAGCAAUCUGAACAUGAAGGUGUUUUUAGUGAACAUUUCUUAGAUAUGCAUAUCUACAUGACUUCAGCUUUACGAAAACAAGAUAUGAAAGCUUUAGGCUUACAACUCGCGCUUGAAUUACUUCACGAAAAGAAAGAACGAGAUUUAAUCACUGGUUUAAGAACGAGAACUAACGCAGGAAGACCUGACUGGGAAGAGGUUGGUUUUAACAAUAACAGUUUCUUAACUUACUGUUUUUAAUUUAAUCACAGCUAAUAGACCUUUCUCAUAAUGACGUCAAACGCGGAAAACCAAUUUAUGCAUUGUCCCACAGGUCAAUGCAAGUCGUUGUCGAGCCAAUAAAUAGACCUUAUGCAUAAUGACGUCACAAGGCUUGAUGCCCGCAAGGAAUUCUGGACUUAGUAGUUAUCGCCCGGGAAAAUUUCUAAAGUCGCCAUUUUGAAUUGUUUAAUUUUUCCGGGCGAUGACUACUAAGACCAGCAUUCCUCGCGGGCAUCAAGCCUUGUGACGUCAUUAUGCAUAAGGUCUAUUUCAUAAAAACAUCAUUUGCACUGUCCCUUGGGACAUCGCAUUAAGUGUUUUUCCGCGUUUGACAUCAUUACAAGAAAGGUCUAUUGUUAGCUUUCAAGUUUCAUGUAAUAUUUCAAAUCCGACUAUAAGGACUGGACUAGAUUUCAAUUUGAUCACGUCCGAGGCGAAGCCGAGGACUGGAUCAAAAUGCGAGGACUUAAAGUCUAGUCUGGUCCGAAUUGAAGGAUUUGAAAUGACAUCUCAUACGAAUAAAUCACUACUUAAUUAAUUUUGAUCCAGUCCUAGGACAGGAUCAAUAUACUUCAUCAGGUAUCCAGUAUUAUUAUGUGAGCAAAAUAAAGCAAUAUAGUUGCCAAAUUACUCAUGAAUUAUUGAGUUUGAGAUGCAAUUUUAAUGGUUGCUCCUUUCCGUAUUGUCAUGUAAAUUAAGGCUGGAGCCGAGUAUUACUGAUUCGCAUUUUGUACUUCAACCGAAUUGAAACGUGUCACAGUUUCAAAACGUUAAUUCGACUUUAGUGCGCGUGUAGGUGUUAAAUAUUGAGUCUAUCAGUAAAGGUUUUACACAGCAACAACAUCAAGCUUUUAGCUGUCCAAUGAUACCUUUUGUGUAUCGACAUAAAGGAAAAUGAUAGAGAAUAUAGUGAAUCGAAUAAAAAUUGCCGUUUGAAAUCGGUUUAUUUGUAUUUGGUAAUUUGUAAUUUUUGCUUGGAAUGAUAUGCAAAAAAGAUAUAAAAAAUGAAAUCAGUGCAUUCAAUUUUGAGCGCACAAGAGAACGCGAAAAAUGUUGGGUUACCUUUUUUUUAUACACCCUGCAUUUUUUGUCAAUUUCAUUAGUUCCGCUCAAGUGCUCCCGAAACAGAGAAAUACCGUCCAGUGGAAACUGCCUUACGUAUUUUACUUUGUACACAUCAAAUAUAUACAACCACAAACAUUUAUUGCCCCCUUGAGGGCGAGAGUAGUAUGUAAUGGGAUAUUUAGGCCCGCUCGCGCACGAGACUCGUGUGGAUGAAUUGGUUUCGCCUCGCGUUAAUACGGAUACAUGAAACCGGUCGAAUUCCAGCAUAGCUAACUGUACGAAUUCAAGACCUAAUAAAAUUAGAUCUCGUUUUGUACUGGAAUAGCUCCUCAAUUAGACGCCGUCAUGCGAAUAGAGGAACCGGUCUUUUUGAAGACCAUUUUGCACAGUAGAGGAUUGGGAUUGCAAUUCAUCCAGUUCCGUGUGACCUUCGUGUGAGUACGGUUGUGUUAACAUAGACGUAGGCCUGUUUUAUACGUCGAAUGCGAUUUCGGUCGCGUCGAAUGCAAUUCAAACAAUAGAUAUUGAAGCUUAAUGAGGUUUAUCAUCUCAUUAUCUGUUGUCUUAAUUGCAUUCGACGCGACCAAAAUUCGACGUAUAAAACAGGCGUUAAACACACGCACAAUUCAAUGAAUUUGGAACGCUAAAAAAUAAAACGCUAAUUAAAAACUUAAAAAUAAAACUAAUUAAUAAAACUUAAUAAUACUAAAACUUGAUAAUAAAACUUAAAAAUAAAAAUAAGUUAAAAAUAAAACGCUAAUUUAAAACGCUAAAAAAUGUUGAUAUAAUUCUUGUGGUAACAAUUAAUUCUGCAAUUAUUUUGUAUUACUAGGUGUUUUCAGAACUAAAAGCCAUGGAGUAUGGACACAUCACAGUAUUUUACUGCGGAAAUGCUGCCCUUGGAAAGAUACUAAAGAGUCUUUGUCAAAAAUACCAUUUUGGAUUUAAAAAGGAGAAUUUUUAAAUUUCUGUUCAUUUUAAAAACGUUGAGUACAUAGUGUAAAGAAUACUAUUGCAGAAUUAGACGUCGCGUUCACGCUACGCCGGUGCGACAUUGUUUGAAAACGUCACUUUUGUCGUAACAAUUUGAACACGGUUUCUAAACGGAGCGAGAUGAAAACGGAGUGCUUGGCGGCGGCGUGUGAACAGUAACACCGUCUUAUCUUGCUCCACUUUAGCAUUUUUUAUUAUUUUUGCUUUGGUAUCUUUUUAUUACUAUUUUUAGUUAAAAUUUUCACUAUUUGAGUUCGUUUUGCGACCGGCUUGGUGUGAACCGACGUAACACAUGGCGUCAUUAUUUCGCUCCGCCGUUGUGUGUUUGUAUAGUCUUAGACUAUGUUUGCCCACAUGACAAACAAGAGUUUGUCCUAGAAGUGAUUAAAUCUCUGCAUUAAAAUUUUUCGAUUUUAUCUACAGCACCAAGUUAAUGAUGUUCCAAACUGAAGUCAUAUGAUUUCCAUGCUUCUCUUGAUUAACCAUAAUCAAACAAAAAUUUCAAAUCCUAGAACAAACAAGGGGGGUCAGAUCUUGUAAUUGUCGAUAAAUCGAAUAUUACCGUUAGUUAUGUGCAUGCUCUUGCUUAUAAGAUAUUGCACAGCACACUCCCUGUCAGGGUUUUUCAAUGACUGCUUACAUUGUGAAUAGAUAGAACCGGAACUGACGUGAAGCAGACCGAGGUAGACUGUGAGCUUACAAAUGGCGCUUUAAGCAGCCGCUAUUAGUCCAUACCUCAUUAAUGGUCUGCCCCCGACCUAUAAUUGUGAUUCAGCAUGAAAAUUAAGUGGUUGGCAUUUCCGUCAUUCCAAAAAAUAACCUUUUACUGAUUAUGUUUCAAAAUUCUAAUACUGCAUGCGCAUGUAACAAUUUAUUAUUAAUUCACUGUAUUCAAUGACUUUAUACUAUAGUGAAAUAGAAAAAUCAAUUAGCAUUUCAUGCAUUUGCUUUUCUCCAGACAACACCAAUAAUAGUUCCUUUUGCUAUUUUCCU